CGUUGUGCCUUCAAGACACAGCAAAUUAACUCCAUUGGCGAAUUAUUGCAUUACGAGACUCCGCUCAUCGGUGCGCGACGGAGAUUACUUUCCUUUUUUUUAAUGGUGACAUCUGAUUAAAGCGAGCGGAGCUGGGUGAAGAUGAUGGAGUAUAUGGAGGAUAAGUUUGCGUUGAAAAGCCAAGCGAUGAAGGCCAGCGAUUAUUACAUGGACCAAGUCAUGGAGAGCCUGGACAGCGCGCAGUACUUCACCAAGUCCUCCCCGAAGUGCGUGCAGGCCUUCGGGCUGCAGAGCGGCGAGCACCGCUCCUCUCCGUGCGGAGACCAGACCGCCGGUUACGGCGUGCCAAAAACAGACGACGACACUUUGCACUCGGACCUCGGGAGGUCGAUGGACAGUUGUUGCACUCUGCGCGCGUCUCCGGUGACAACCGGGCCGGAGAAAACGGAUUUGGACGACAUGGGAGACAAGUGCGACAGUAAUGUGUCCAGCAGCAAGAAGAGGAGACACCGGACGACCUUCACCAGCGCGCAGCUGGAGGAGCUGGAGAAAGUCUUCCAGAAAACUCACUAUCCAGAUGUUUAUGUGAGGGAACAGCUGGCCAUGAGGACGGAAUUAACGGAGGCCAGAGUGCAGGUUUGGUUUCAGAACAGAAGAGCGAAGUGGAGGAAGAGAGAGCGCUACGGGCAGAUCCAACAAGCCAAAACUCACUUCGCAGCCACCUACGAUUUAUCAGUGUUACCGAGGACUGACAGCUACACACAGAUUCCCAACAACCUGUGGCCGAGCCCUGCUCCUGGUGGCUCUGUGGUCUCCUCCUGCAUGCUGCCCCGAGGCUCCCCUCCCUGCGUCACAUCCUACUCCCACUCCCCACGUUCAGCAGCCGGUGCCGCCGAGCACGGCUACGUGGGCUUCCCCAACCAGCAGAACCAGUUCGGUCACGUCUCCCUCAACAACUUCUUCAGCGCAGACUCACUCCUCACGCCGGCCGCCAACGGUCACCAUGCCUUCGAGACCAAGCCUGAGUUUGAGAGGCGCUCAUCCAGCAUAGCCGUGCUGCGCAUGAAGGCCAAGGAGCACACAGCCAACAUCUCCUGGGCCAUGUGAUCAACUCUCUUGUGCAUGUCUGGAAAGGCUGGAUAAUGUAUGGAAAAAUAUUUUUUAGAAUUUACAGUUUGUGCAAAGUGUGGCGAUUGCCCAAAGAGUCUGAAAUCAUAUUCAAAACUACCUGUCACCCAAAAUCUUCUUUUGUCAUCUACAGAUGGAGAUGUCACUUAUCUGUUGUUGCGAAGAAAAAAAUCAGCUGUGGACAAUUUUACCAUGAAACUGACCUGCUAUUUAAACCUGCAUCAUAUGCAGCUCUGACCAUAAUUUGAUCUAGAAACAUGAAUGUAGAAAAUAGUGUCUGGAUAACGUUCAUAAAUAGAAAAUGUGUCAGGAUUUUUGUCUCUCUGCAUUUUCUGAAAUGCAGAAGACACUUAAAGGAAUAGUUCAGCCCAAAAUCAAAAACACAUAGUUCUCUUACCUGUAGUGCUCAGU